AACCAAAGCAAACAACGUAACGUUGGCUUCUUCUUCUUCUUCUUCUUCUUUUCUUUUCGGAAGAGAAGAGAAGAGUGAAUGAAUUGAUUCUUCGUCAAGAACUACUUGGCUUCUUUCUGAUUCUUGAGUCCCUUGAGCUAAACUCAUCAAAAUCCAAGCUUCAGCUUCAGCUUCAUUACUAUUAGAUUGAGAUUUGCUAUUUUAUAAGCCAGGCUGGGCAAGCUUAUCACACAAACAUGUCGCUUCAUAAGAUAUGAAAAGAUAUCACACAAUCUGAAGCUUUGGAACCAGUCUUCAAGGCACUUGAUGAGAACGUGAAGGUGAAGCUGUCUCAGUUUUGCCACGUAAAGAAAGAUAACGUCAUCUCACUCUGUAUGACGUUCCCAACAUUUGGCAUAUUCCUCUGCUCCUAAGGAUAUAAGCUUCAAAGAAAAUGGAAGGGAGGCGGGUGAGAAGGACAAGAAGAGGAAGUAAUCACACUCAACUGUUGCCUCUUUCGUCUUCAUCUUUUUCUUCUUCUGGUUGUUGUUGGUACUUGGACUACAAGAUCUUUGCUCUCAACCAACCUCUUUUCCGUUUUGGAAGAAAACACGCUGCCCUUCUCACACCAUGGUUCUCCAUUGGGGUUGGCUUCACCUUAACCACUCUUCUUGCGGUUUCACUGAUUCUCCUCUGGGAUUUUGGUAGAGCUCUGCAUAUUUUCCCAGAAAGUUGGUUGGGUGAUGUUUCAAGUGCCUCUUUGUUUGGUUUUUGGCCCUUCUCCUCUUCUCCUUCUGCUGCUGAUGCUAUCUACGUAGUACUUUCUACUUUCAUCUCUGUAUCAUUUCAUGAAUUUGGCCAUGCCCUUGCUGCUGCCAGUGAAGGCGUUGAGAUGGAGUACAUUGCCAUCUUCAUUGCAUUUGUGUUUCCUGGUGCUUUGGUGGCUUUCAACCAUGACUUGCUCCAAUCAUUGACACAUUUUGCUUCUCUCCGUAUAUAUUGUGCUGGCAUUUGGCACAAUGCAGUGUGCUGUUCACUUUGUGGAUUGGUAUUAUUUCUCCUGCCUUGGAUUUUGUUUCCCUUUUACCAACAUACUGGAACACCUAUGGUUUUGGCUGUAUCUUCUUCUUCACCUCUCUCUGGCCACUUAUCCCCUGGUGAUCUUAUUGUCUCAAUGGAUGGUGUCAGCAUCAAUAGUCCCCACCAAUGGAUAAAGAUGGCUGAUUUCAAAAAUAAAUUUGCACUUCGUAAUAUGAAUAGUUCCAGAAAUGUCAAAAGCAUUGGAAUAAUCAAUAGUGGAAAGGGGUACUGUGUUCCUCAUUCUCUGUUGGAAGAAAGCAUCAAGAUGCAACUAGAAGAUCAUUCUCAUUGUCCUGAUGAUCUUGCUGCAUUUUCAACUGUUCCCUGUUUUGAUAAAACCAUAUUAGAUGACCAAAUCCACUGCCUGAAUGCUAAACAAGUUGUCAAGCAUGCUAAAUGCGGUGACGGUUGGGUGACAGCGAAAGCAGAUCAUAACAGUUGCUUAUGUUCACAGGAUAGGACCUGCUCAAGUCCAAUUCAAACACCAGGCAUGAUAUGGGUUGAAGUUUCAUACUUAAGGCCUUAUUCUGUGGAAUGCUUGCAACAUUGGAGUAAAGUACCUCUGGAUUCAAGGGCUUCCGAUAUUGCAGAAUCUAAUUGUGGUGGGACUAUUGUUUUUGUUGGUGAUUUGAUCUCUAUGGCAAGCUCAGUUCAACUAACUGCAUAUCAACCUCGUUGGCUAUAUUUUGGUGCCUAUCUUCCAAACAUCCUAGAAAGAAUCUUAGUGUGCACUUUCCAUGUCUCAAUAACACUUGCUCUUCUCAACAGUUUGCCGGUGUAUUUUCUGGAUGGAGAAUCUGUUUUAGAAGUGGCUCUUUGCCAUUUCACAUCGCUGGGUUCAACGAAGAGGGGAAAAAUUCUUCGAAUGUGUCUUUUGGGUGGGACACUCAUCUCCUUGCUUACCCUUUUCAGGAUCUUCUUUAAAUUUUUGUAGUCUAAAGCUUUGGAGAGGUCUUAAUAUUCAUUCAAUCCAUUCCAUCAGAAUUAAAAAGUGAUAUGGAAAGUAGAGUGUGUCUCCCAAAGUUUGGUUUGGUGUAUAGAAAUGUACAAGUCUUUACAUAACCACCACAUUUUCAUGUUUCAAAAGAAGGAGAUCACUUUCAUGAUUGUAUUGAUAGAUAUGUGGGGUUUGAGUUGUUGGUGUUGUUGUUCAACACAAGAGAAAACAACCAUCCAUUCUUUGUUUUGGGAUUGCUUAGCUUAGCUUAGCUUACACGUGGCAGAGAUUAAGAAAUGAAAGAUGACUUGUUAUGGUAUGUAUACCUGGGAUUGGGAGCCUAUGAGCUGAUGGUUGAUGGUCACAACUUGUUGUUGUUGAUGGUAUUUUUGAUAAAGUUGUAUGAUGAAAUGAAGAAGUGAAGUGACAGAGAAGAUGAAAAUGUGAGAUGUGGUUUGGCUCUCAUUAUUAUUGUUCUUGUAUGAGAAAAGGGUUGGAGUUGGAGUUGGAGUUGGGGCUGAGGAUAUGAUAUGAUAUGAUUUGAUUUGGUGUCUUAAGUUAAUUGGGUUGAUUUGAUUCCUUUGACCCUGUGUUUGGUUGUAUUGUUUUUGUGCCUCUGUAUCUAUCUGUAUAUGUAUUGGUAGAAGUGGGUGGUGGUGGUGGGGUUGCUUUCUAAAAUGGUAUUAUUUGGAUAAGGAGAAAGGGUCCACUCUUUCUGCCCCUUUUUAUAAGCAAACAUGUGCACUGCUUUCUCUGGUUUGGUUUGGUUUGGUUUCUCUUGGUCUAAACACUAAACAUAACAACCCUUUAAUGUCACUCUGGUUAGUCCACGUAAAUAAUACUAUGUUAUGUACUUUGGAUUUGGAAGAGAUCUUAAAUAUCAUGAUUAUUGAUAAUUACAAAAGAGAAGGUUAACAUUUUUGGUA